AGCAGUAAAAACUGGAGGGCAGCAGUUGACUUGUGUGGGCGACUUCUAACUGCACAUGGUCAAGGCUAUAAAAAAAGUGGACUACCUACUAACCAUACAACGGAUUCUUUACAGCUGUGGUUUGUGAGACUAGCACUGCUAGUAAAACUGAAUCUGUUCCAAAAUGCAGAAAUGGAAUUUGAACCAUUUGGAAAUCUAGACCAGCCUGAUCUUUAUUAUGAAUAUUACCCUCAUGUUUACCCUGGACGAAAAGGUUCCAUGGUUCCUUUCUCCAUGCGGAUUUUACAUGCUGAACUUCCUCAGUACCUAGGUAAUCCUCAGGAGUCACUUGACAGACUGCAUAGUAUGAAGAUAAUCUGCUCCAAGAUACUAGAAAAUUUGGAACAAGGCUUAGCUGAAGAUGGAAGUAUGACUAACAUUACACAGGAGAACAGACAAGCCUCUGUUCAGUUGUGGAGGUCACGUCUGGGCCAGGUGAUGUACUCCAUGGCAAACUGUCUGCUAAUGAUGAAGGACUAUGUGCUUGCUGUAGAUGCUUAUCACACCGUCAUCAAGUGUUACCCACAGCAAGAGCCUCAGCUGUUGAGUGGAAUUGGAAGGAUUUUCCUUCAGAUUGGAGACAUAAAAACUGCAGAAAAAUAUUUUCAAGAUGUUGAGAAAGUGACUCACAAACUGGAUGGACUACAGAGCCAAGUUAUGGUUUUAAUGAACAGAGCAUUUCUUCACCUUGGUCAGAAUAAUUUUGCAGAAGCUCAUCGAUUUUUCACAGAAAUUUUAAGGAUCGACUCAUCAAAUGCUGUGGCUAAUAACAAUGCUGCUGUUUGUCUUCUUUAUCUGGGAAAACUGAAGGAUUCCCUCCGGCAGUUGGAAGGGAUGGUUCAGACGGACCCGAAACACUACCUACACGAGAGUGUUCUCUUCAACUUGACAACUAUGUAUGAACUGGAGUCAUCUCGCAGUAUGCAGAAGAAGCAGGCACUUUUAGAGGCUGUAGCUAUCAAGGAGGGCGAUAGCUUUAAUACUCAGUGUCUCAAGUUAGGAUAGAUCAUUUCCAACUGAUUUUUUAAAUUGUAUAUACUCUUGCUAAUGUGUAAAUGUGAAAUAAAAUCUAUUGAAUUAUGAA